AUGGAAUUAGAAAGUGCCCUAUUAUGUAAACACAACCUUCAAGCAAUUAAAAUUAUUAAUGAUCCUUCGAUCAACCCUACGUAAAGAUUAUUGUGCCAUCUAUGUUUGAAUGAGCAUUAAGAUUAGACUCAAUUAAUUAACAUAUCCAUUGCAUUUGCUCAAGCUACUAAGAAUUAUAAUUAGACAUCAAAAUAUUCAAAUUAAAUUUUGCUACAAAGCAUUCUGCAUUUAAAUACAUUCAUUUAAUACUUUAAGUUAUUACAGGUUGAAAUUAAAGAUGUUUGUGAAUAAACUAAUCUCAAAGCACUGUAAUGGUUAUAAAAUUUAUAAUAACAAUAAAAUAAAGAAUUUAUUCAGAGAUUUGACCAAUCAUUCAAUAACUACUAGGGUAAUAUUCAUGAUGAGGAUUUAAAUGAAGUAAAUUAUCGGUUUCUAAACAUCACUUAGUAAUAUUUACCUGGUUUGAAUUCUCUAAUCACUCCAUUUAAUAGUCUUAAUAAAUUUGAUCCUUGUUAUUAGACACUUCUUUAAUUAUCGAAAGUUAAUAUUGAAGAUGCUAUUCAACAACUCUAUGUUGAGAAUCAAUGCAGAACUGUAAUUGAGAAAAUAGAAAGGAUGAAGCAAAACAAUAUUUGUGAUUAGGAAUUCACUAAUAUUAAGGAAAUGAUAGUUAAUUCUUCAGAAUAAAACAAAGGAAUCUAAUCAGAAAUAAUAGAGCAAUUAACAAACUUAAUAAGAUUAAGACAACGCCUAUCCUAAUCUAUACAUCACUUAGAAUCAGAAUUAACAAAUCGCAUAUCGUAACAGAAUGGGGAAUAUUUUAAGAGUGUUCAGAAUUUGGAUUUGCUUAUAAAUGAAGGAUCUUUAAAUAAGUUGAUUGAAAAAAUACAUGAAAUAGGAAAUGAUUAAGUUAUCAUAAUGAGAAAAGAAUUUAAGUCGAAGCUUACAAAUUGCAUUCAAGGCGUAUUAACCAAUAAUUUAAAGGGUCUCCAAAGGUAAUCUGUUUCCAAUGAUUUUAUUCUUCAUAAAUUGAUUAACACUGAAAUUAUACAAAAAGAUUGCUGUUAUGCCAUAUAAUUCAAUAAGGAUACUUCGAUCAUGAUUUCAACAAGUGGCAAAAAUAUUAAAGUUUGGGAUUUUAAUAAAGGACGCCUAACCUUAGGAUCUAUUUUAUAAAAGCAUAUCGAUGAUGUAUCAUGUCUACUCUUUAGUAAUUAUUCAAAUUCCUUCAUUUCAGGUUGUGGGAAUGAAGAUGGCUCAAUUGUAUGUUGGUAAUAGGACUAUAAUUUUGGAUGGAAGUCUUCAAAGCAAUUCAAACAGCAUAGAUUUGGCCUGAGGUGCAUGAUUGUGAAUCACGAUGAGACUCAGUUAAUAACUGGAAGUCUGGAUAAAUCCAUCGUAAUUUGGAAACUAGAUUUUAAGGAGAAUAACCUAGUUUAUGAAUACUCUUUAUUUAAACAUCAACAUAAACUAUUAAGUUUGAGUAUGAAUGAUUCUGAAACAUGUAUGAUAUCAUGUAGCGAAGACUAAAAUAUAUUGAUUUGGGGGAAAUAGUAAGGCAUCUGGAAAUUUAAAGAUGUUCUGAAAUAAUCAGUUCAAGAUAUCGGUAGAUAAAUUAAAUUCUUAAGUGAUACUGAAUUUAUCUGGCUAUAGCAAAAUUAAGGGAGAGUCCAUUUCUUUGAAGGGUCAAACUUUAGGUUUCAAGAAAAACCUGAGAAUUAGCUAUUGUUAAAUAAUUAGAAGUAAGAUUGGAAUUUAUUUCCUAUUUAAUAUAAUAAACCAAAAAACAUAAUAGUCAUCAGACACAAUUCAACUGUGUUCAUUCUCAGAAAGUAAUUAGAUGGAAAUCUGAAGAUCAUGGCUGAUCCAAUUUAAUGCUAAUCAGAAUUUAAUUAUGGUUCUCUCUCUAAAGAUGGCUAAUAUAUGGUUCUUUGGGAUGUUGAUUCUAAUUAAUAUAAUGUUUAUGAAAUUUUAGUUUGA